AAACAGACUCCAAGACAGAAAACAGGCAACUCAGGCAGAAACAGACUCAGGAAGCGGGAUUCAUGACAGCCAAAGGGGCAUCCCCCAAGAAACCAGCCGCCGCCAAGAAGCCAGCCGCCCCAAAGAAGGCGGCUGAAGAUGCAAAGCAGCCGUCCAUCAUGGAAGCUCUGUCCAAGCCCAAGCCAGCUGCCAAAACCGCCGGCAAGAAGGUCCCGUCGUUUGACUCCAGCGACUCGGAGGGCCCGUCCAAGGCCUCUGCCCCGUCUAAGACCGCUCCGGCGACUCUCGGCCCUGGACAGUGACAACUCUGACAGCAGCUCUGAUGACCACCUCAAUGCUUUUAUAUUCUCCUCUCUACUGCCACUUGUCCAAGAAUGGCUUUGAAUUUUGUAACACUUGGAGACUUGACUGCUUUUGCACAUUGGUUAUAUGCUAGAAUUUGUUCCUUUUUUUCCCAGGUAUGAUAGAAAUCUAAUUUUAAGAAUUGUUUAAAAAUUACUGUGUGCUAAUAACAAAAACAAUGUAAUAUAUAAAGCAUUAGUCUUGCAAAUAGCUGCAUAUUUGACAAUUUCUUUAAUGCUACAUUUCGUUUUUAAUGUCAUUUUUUGUUACAUGUUCA